AAUACCAGGAUCCCGUAUGCUGGUAAAAAUAGACAAUCCAGCGGUAAAUUGUAAAAUGUUACUCAAUCAAACGAAGAAUUGUUGUGCUGUUCUUCGGAAAUAAUACACAAAGUAGAGGUAAACUGUCUUUAGAAGAUCAGACGCCAUCUGGUGUGGGAAUCGAGUCAGAAACAUGUGCUUAAAAGCUCCGAACCAGUCCACCUGGACAUUACAGUUCUAGCGGCCGUGAUAGUAUUCACCAUAUUGUUCACCGGUUUAUGACCACUGGUGGUGACAUUAACAUUUUGUGCAUGCCGGCUCGAAUCAGAACCCUGCAAGGUCGAUGCCCGAUUCGAGAGAAUUAUUAUUGAUAUUACAACACAAUUACGGGACUGUACCGUUCGGUAGGACAACGAUAUAAGUCCAGUCAAGAUUUUACCGUAUAACGAAACAAAUUGGAUCCUGACCAACCACCAGCGAGUGAUUGCAGAGCUACUAACAGGGCAGACCGUAUGGCUAAUAAACACAUCAAAGAAAAUACCAGCUGCACAAAUUUUUAUAAAGCAUGGGAUGCUAUUUUUUUAUUUACGCCUGUUUUAAGGACUUGUGUUGAAAAACAAUUCAAAAAAAUUCAUGGUAAAAUAAUUCAAAAGUGGGGAAUAUGUAACAAAUGUUUAACCGGAAACGUGUUGGAAUGCACGCCAAAUAUUUGCAAAAAGAGGGGAAGAAACGGUUGCAAAUCGUUGCAUGAUGAUCCAAACAAACAAACUCGACCUUGCCCAAGUGGAACCUGUAAUUGGAUUAAAAAAGACAUUAAAUAUAUGCAUAGGUAUGGCAACCCAUCCUGGUUGUAUACAUCUGCUGAACAAUGGGGGCAUAACCACUUUGAAAUAAUGAAAUGUUUUUUGCCUUCGGAAGGCUAUAGUAAAAGCAAUUCUAUUGAGGAAACUGACUUCAAUGGGAUCAUGUGUGUUUUAUUAACGUGCACAGAUUUAGAAAAAAUGUGGUCCUCGUUCAAAGUUGCAGAUCGGUCAUGUAUUUUGACAAAGGCACGUAGCAUUGGUAAUGAUCUUCGUCAUUCAUCAAAAGGCAAUGUCACAGAUGAUGUUCUCAAGGAGUUUGUCUCAACAUUGAUCAAUUUACUUAAUGAACCAGCUUGUGCAGCUGGAAAUGUGGACGCAAAAACAACAGCUGACAAACUUAAAGAGCUGUUAGAAAACAAUAACACUCCUUCAGAAGAGGAAAUGAAAGAUCUGGACGAGCGUAUUAAAAAUGAAGUUGCGAAUGACCCUGGAGAGGCCGUCCUAUCAUCAUGUGCUGCUUUAAAAAACUUGAAGCUCGAAAACUAUACUCUACAGCCAAUGGCAUUGUGCAACUACCACAAGCUCUGCAGUCUCAACUUACUGGAUUGCAACUGUAAUGGACUGAUAUUAUCUGCUUGUGUUUUACUUGAAUUUAUCGAUAUAAAAGGAUUAUUUAAAUUCGCACAAAAUACAUUUCAUAAUCUUAAAAAUUUAACUUGUCUUAAGUUAUGUACUUUUGUCAGCGACAGUCUAGAUGUGUCACUGUGUCAUUCGUUACGAGAACUUGAACUACGUGGAUCCUUGAUAUUGAUACCUGGAUAUCUCGGCAAUCUUACAAGCUUGGAACGCCUCGUUUUGUAUUGUACCUGCAUCGACUUGGAUGUAACUUUGUGUAGCAAUUUAAAAGACAUAGAGAUCAUAGGUUCAUUGACAUUGUUAACGACCAGCAUGAAAAUCUUUACAGAACUGCGGAGUCUUAAAUUGGGCUGCAAUUGUGAAAGCCUUGACUUAUCAUGUUGUCAUAAUUUAGAAUUAUUGGAGCUUGAUGAAAAAGUUACUUUGAGUUCAAAUACUUUUUGUGAACUUAGAAAUCUAAAACAUCUCAGUGUUAAAUGUAACUGCAGUAUUUUGAAUUUAUCAUUGUUUCCGAAGUUAGAAACAUUGUUAAUGAAAAGUCCUGUUUGUGUGCUUCAAACAUCAAUUCUUGGCAGUGAAAAGUUAAAACAAUUAUCAUUAGAAUCGUAUGAAUUUGAUAAAUCAGAUAAUAUUUUGUCUGUACUGAACAAUUCUGAUCCAAAUUCAAAUCGUCUCCCGCCAAGUGUUUCAGAUAUCAAAUUAACAGAUAUAGGAUGUUCCUGGGUCUGGUUGCGUUAUUUAUUAUGCAGUUUAUCGCAUUUCAAGCACGAAGUAAAGGUUUUUCUUCAUGCUCGCUACAUACAAAUAGACCAAUCACCAGAACACGUAGUUAACAACACAGUUGAGAGGUCAAAUGUCAGGUUGACAUGUCCGGUUGACUGCAUCGGACUAUAUAAGGCGUUAGAGGGAUUCACAUUACUGAGUUUAAAUUUGAUGACAAUACAACAUGGAGAAUUGCUUAAGAAUGCCAACAUCGAGGACUUGAUAAUGCCUAUAACUCCCAGCUUGUAGGGUUGGUGAGUAGCGAUUUAUGUACACGAAAUGGCAGAGAACGAGUUUACAAUCAUGGAAAGUGAAUCACAAUUAGACAAAAAGUUGUAUACAAGUUGUUGGCGACAUAGCACAAUUUCAACUAUCUUCGAAGAAGGUAAUGAAUAUGUUUACAAAGUAAGAAGAGACAACAAUUCGCGCAGGGAGUAUUAGCCACUGCAGCUUACAUCGUGUAUGUUAAUCAAUAAUGCAGAACUCUCAAGACGUGAGUUCGUCGAUACGGUGCGGAUACACAAGUUACAGGGUACUGCGAGCGAUAUAAAACAUAUUAUCUAACAAGAUACAUACAUUUUAAAUAAGCUUAGAGAUAUUUAAAUGAAGGAUAUAGUAAUUUGUUUGGUAUAUAGCAGUCUCAGGAAUGAAGCAACUAUACUGGUGCAGUGCCUGGGUCCGUCACAUUUUGAAUGUAUUUGACCGAUAUUUCCAAUAAAUUUACUGAUCGAUUAAAAAGUUAACAUACAUCAAGAUCACAUACAUUAAUUGACUCUUCUGUCGUCAUGACUUACAAAACAAUAAUCGACGUUUUAUGAUUUGGUGGCGGAUUAAGGACAGUUACGGACUUAAGCCCUGCACCAGUAUUUAUUUUAACUUUACUUUAGACUGGUGAAAUUGUGUCCCCUUGUGGUACAUAACUGUAAACAAGAUGUGUGGACUUCUUGCUAAAACGUUGACUUUAAAGGGGCCUUUUCACAGAUUUUUGCAUGUAUUGAAGUUUGUCAUUAAAUAUUUUAUAUUGAUAAAUUUAAUCAUUGGACCUAAAAAUCUCCAAUAAAAAACAACAAGAAUACAAUAGAAAAAAGGAGAAAAAGUAACCCGCAACAGGGCUCGAACCUCUGACCCUUAGAGUCCUGAAGUUAAAAGUCUUCCACUUAAGCCACUCGGCCAUCCGUGCUUAUACUAAGAGCAGAUGUAUGUUUUACUCUAUAUAAACAAUCCUCGUAGUUUCACAAAAUAUAACGACAACAACAGAACUUUCCAAAUUAUUCGAUCGUUUCGCGUUGCAACGCUUCAUAAUUUUCAAGUUUUGAAAUCGUCAAGAGAUACGUAUAAUGGAUAUUUUAGAGCAUGGCUAAUGUUCAGUGUCACUAUUUCCUCACAAAUAUCAUAAAUAAAACGAGAAUCUGAAACAACUUUUCUUUAUUUUGUCAAUUUACCAAUCCGUGAAAAGGCCCCUUUAAGUAUUGGCAACGAGAGAUGUCAAAGGAUGGGUCAAAUUUACAUUGAAUUUAAUGAUUAAUUACAUCAAUGUACGGACGAACAUUGCCUUUUGUUUAAAUUUAUAAUACGGUAUAUAUUGUAUUUAUAUAACAAAUUGAACUGUCAAAAACUAUUUUUCAGUACGUUUAUGAACGAAAAAGGGGCAUUAUUUUUAUAGACGUAUAGUAUUGUACAUAGUGAACGAAACAUUUAAACCAAAAUACGACAAGUUAUGUUAAUAAUUAUUGUUUGACAACUUAUUUAAUUUUGACAAUUCAGCAAUUACUUUUUACAUACAUGUGCUUAGGAAUUGCUAUGUAUAUAUAUAUCUUACUAUCAUAUGUCAAAAGGGCAAUCCAAUAAUUGAUUAUCGCCACGAAUCGGGAGGAAGGGUCAUAGAAAAGCCCUCCGUCUGUCCGUCUAUCAAACAUUUUGCGUCGUUUCUUCUAGACCAGUUGAUGGAUGUUUAUGAUACUUACCUCAAAUGGUCAGGUUACUUAGGCAAGGUGCAUAACGCUGAAAUAAGUUAUGACAUCACAAGGUCAACGUCAAAUGUGAGGGGUAAAGUUGUGAGCCUCCUCUUUCGUGUCUACUCCAUAUCCCAUAUUGCCAUUGAAAGAUUUUCAUGAAACUUGGCUUAAAUAAUUAGGUCAUUUAAAUAUUUUGUGCACAAGGCAUGAGUCAAUCACGCCGUCUCAAUGUCAAUAUCAUUCUUUAAGGUCCAACUUUGUACCCUGAUUUUUGUUGUGCCCGCACCAGAUCUCCUUAUACCCUUGAAUGAUGUUCAUGGUACAAAGGAUACACAUUUUUAUGUCAUCCCUACGAUAUCCAGAAGGCACGAGUCGCUUGGAUCUUAUUUUAGGUCAUCUUUAUGUGUCUGAUUCACAUUAAAGAAUUCUUAAGAAACUUGGCUAAAAUGUUCAGGUGAUAAAGAUUGUUUGAACAAACCAUGCGUCAGUCACACUGGCUGAAGGUCUAGGUGACACUUGAUUAUUGUAUCUUCUAUUGUGUGUCCUAUUAUUUCCUAUCCUUGUAGACUAAUUUUCAUUAAACAUGGCUAAACUAUUUAAGUUAUUGUGACAAUAUCCCGAACAAGUGUGCCUGUAACGCCAACUCAUUGUGAAAGCCAUUCUCAUAUGUUACAAUAUAAUGAAUCUGUUUCUGUGUCCGCAUCGUAGCCACUACACCCUUUCAACGAUAUGAAACUUGGCCCAAAUGUUUUUCUUUAUUGAAGAAGGCCAGUCAUGCCAACUCAAUUGAGGGUCAAUUCUUAAGGUUGAAUGAUUUAGCCUGUAUUUUCAAUGUUCGUCUCCUAUACCCUGAACAGUAUGUAAAUGACUUCCUCAUAUAUCAGGCAUUCAAGCCAUCUGAUGAACAAGGUCACCUCUAGAAGGUCGUUAGGAUCACGGCGGGGGAUAUAGCUGUCUUUUUUACUGUGUUGUUAUAAUAUGAAAGUUUAUCAUUCACAUAGGCGCUUAUUUUCUAUUUAUAAAUGGUAUAAAAUAAAACCAAAAUACUGAUGUUUACAAACUGCUGGUGUAGAAAGCAUAUUACAAAUAAUGUGUUAUUCACGAAUAUGAAAUAUAUAAUCAAUAAACACUCAUACUUAUGUUAAAUUUCUAUUUUGUAUUUAUGUAUUUUUGUAUAAUUUGUGUUGUUUAGGCAAUAAAAACAUCAGCGUUAAUUUAUCAAAAUACAUU